AUGGAGGUUCUUUCUUCAAUUUUUGGCUAUUUCAAGGUAUGCGCCCGUUUCGAAAGUUACUUGUUCCUGUUCUAACUUUGAUUCACAUUGUUUUAGGUGGACUAAUGGGCUUAAUUUGAGUUUUUGCGUGAAUUUGUCGAAAGUUUGUGAGGUUUCAAGUUGUUUUCCUGUCUUUAUUCCACCAGAAAGGGAAAUGCAACCGCAGUUUCAGUAUGAAGCGAGUAGUAAGCAAGGAAUCAGCUAAAAUGUUAGAACAAUGGGCUUCUUCAACCGGGGGUAAAAGAGAAAAUUGAUUUCUUGAUUUUUUUGGAUGUACGCGGGAUCAUUGAUAUUUGGUACCUUUAUUAUGGUGAAUAUGGCAAGAUCUCUUGAUGCUAUCGCUGAUUUUUUUUCCAUUUUCUCUUAUAAGCUUUAUAAUGGCAUUAGAAGUAUGAUUUGCAUUUGCGUUUUCUGUCGGGCAUCUUAUCGGACAACCACCGAUAUUAUCUUAUCACUCGUUAGGUAAGGUAACCUUCCUCAUUAGGGUUUCUCGAAUUUUCUGCUGCAAAAUUAUGCAACAAGCGAUCUUUGCUUGGUUCUACGCUAGUUCCUUUAGAUUUUACUAACAUAAGGCCAUCUUUUUUGGAGGGUCAGUGAGCUCCUGCUCUUUCUCAACUUGUUUACUGUUUUCAAUGCGAGAGAAAUAAAAACAUUCUUUUGCAAUCCUUUGGGAGAGAGAAACAGUUCCAUUGAUGUUUAUUUUGAAAGGGUUGGGGUCGAGGUGUUGAGAGUCUGAUUUGUCAAAUGUAAUGUUAAUGGAUUUAAAUUUUUUGGAUAUGACUUUUAGGUAUGAACAAUCUUUUACAAUAAGGGGUUCUUCAGAACAGCUAUAUUUUUAUGUCCUGUAGUUUGUUCCUUCAAAACGAUCUUUUAUUAGAGAUUAUUUUAUUGUGUUCGUUUUUGUGUGCCAGUGAUAACAGGAAGCUUAGAAUGUUUACAACGGAGAGAAGUCGAGAGCGAAUUACACCAAAAACCCUCCAAAUAACGUGUUUUGUAGUUCCAAAAAAUGGGAAAGAUGAUGAUUUUUAAGUCCCCCCUAAAGACCCAUCUUGUUUAUUUUUGUGUUCUAAACAGUUCUCAAUCGAUUGUUCUCGAAUGUUAACUAUCUUUGUAAAUUGCCGAUCAAACUAACUUUCCCGUUCAGUCAAUAUCAAUAGCAAUAUUUUCGAUCACCAGUGUUUGUUUUCAGGUCAGUGCAGCAACUAUGUCCAACCGAGCCGUCGCUAUUCUUCAAGGAGAUUCCAACGUCUCUGGAGUUGUCUGGUUUACUCAGGUAGGUGCUGAGCACAGAAAACUUGAUUAGAUUUUUUGUUUUUAUAUUAGGUGAUGAGAUUAUGCAAUAAUAUAAGCGGAGGUUAUAAGGACUUAUGCGGUUGUUUUUUCAGAAAGACGGAGGAGUGCAAGUCGAUGGUGAGAUUAAGGGAUUGACCCCAGGAAAGCACGGAUUCCAUGUUCAUCAAUGGGGCGACCGAACCAACGGGUGCAUCAGCGCCGGACCUCACUUCAACCCUUUCAAGAAGACUCAUGCUGGACCACAGGUAAGCAAUUUUUGAUACUGUUUUUAAUUUAGAUCUGAGAAAUCAAAAUUUGUAAAAAGUUGCGGAUAAUCUGGCUUGGCUUGAAUAAGAGGCUUUCUCUUUUUAGGAUUCCGACCGUCAUGCCGGCGAUCUUGGAAAUGUGGAAGCCGAUGCCAGCGGUGUGGCCAAGUUCUCAUUCGUGGAUAAGGUCAUCUCUCUGAGUGGCGAAACCAAUGUUGUUGGACGUUCUCUCGUCAUCCACGCCGGCGAAGAUGAUCUGGGAAGAGGCCAGGGGGACAAGAAGGAAGAGUCCCUCAAGACUGGAAAUGCCGGAGCCCGCGCCGCCUGCGGUGUUAUUGGAUUGGCCGAGCCCCAAUGA